GUACAUGGUAAGUGCGCUCCAAAUAGGGAAGUUGAUAAAGUUUGAGUCAUAAACUGCGAAAUGAAUUACGAACAUUGUAUUGUUUACUUUUAACUUUGGACUUGCUUGAGUGCUUUUUAUAUCAUCAUUAUCUGGAAUAACAACCGGAAAUCAAAUCAACUUUUGUCAAGUACAAAUGUAAUGGUGAGUAGACAACACAAUCAGUUCUUUAGUAAUAAAGUACGGGAUCGGCCAUUGCCAGAAGUUUGACCUAUAAAAAGUAGUAAUACAAUCGCUCUAUGUGUGCUGUUGAAAUAUUUAUCUGAUUUCUCACAUAUAAGAUAUAGUUUCGUUUUUAAUUGGAAAUCGAUAUACUUUCGUUUUUAUAUUGGAACAGAUGGGUAGCUGAAAAUCAAAGAAAAAGCCACUGUGGAUUAUGUAGUAAAAAGUUUAUACACAUCCGUUUUGACCCAGCCUAAAAUAUUUCCGGAUUAGUGUGAUUUAUUUCUAUAUUCAAAACCAUCAACAAAAUGGCUAUGGAUGGUUCUUGGGAAUUAAAUAUAAAUGUGACUGACUUGGCUGUAGAACGGACCCUGAGGGUGACUGGUGACCUUCACAUGGGAGGUGUUAUGGUGAAGUUAGUUGAAGCUUUAGAUAUUGCUAUGGACUGGUCAGAUCAUGCCCUCUGGUGGCCAGAUAAAAAUGUGUGGUUAUCAAGACCUAGAACCACAUUAGAUCAAUACGGAGUAGGGGCUGAUGCACGCCUUUUAUUCACACCUAUGCACAAAGUACUGAAAGUACAAAUCCCAGAUUUACAAAUCCUCGAGCUGAGAAUGGACUUUUCAUGUAAAGUUUUCUCCGCUGUGGUUCAGCUCUGUAAAGAAUUAGGUAUAAGACAUUCAGAAGAAAUGUCUGUAAUGAAAUAUAUGGAUAAAGAUGAUUUAAAAAAGAAUAUUAAGGAGAAUUUAAACCAUAAGAAAAAGAAACAGGGAUCGACAGAAAACCUGGGUGUAAAUGGCAAUGGAGUACAGUAUCAUUCUCCCUCUGGGAGUAUGGAAAGACUGAGUCCAUUCAGUAGAAGUCCUGCGGGACCCUCACCUACAAAUACUAUAGGAAGAACACCGGGAUAUAAUGCUAAUUAUACUGCUAAUUCAGUUUCACCUUACAAUACAUUAAAUGCAAAUGGAACAUUAUCCCCAGGAUCUAUGUACAGUUUAUCAUUUGAAAGUGUCAUGGAAAAUGCCCUGGCAAAUAGUCCACAGAUCAGUGUCAAGGACGCUGCACAGUACUUACAAAAACCAAAAAAUCUGAUCGAAAAAGCAAGACAAAACUAUGCAUGGUUAGACUCAUCCAAAUCGCUGAUGGAACAGGGUGUGAGAGAAAAUGAAUUUGUUGUCGUCAAGUUUAAAUACUUCUCAUUCUAUGACCUGAAUCCUAAGUAUGAUGGUGUCAGAAUUAACCAGAUAUAUGAACAAGCCAAGUGGUCACUGCUGUCAGAAGAUGUAGAUUGUACAGAUGAAGAAAUGAUGAUGUUUGCAGCUUUUCAGCUACAGGUCCAGAUGCAGGCAGGACAGCCACAGCCUAGUGAAUCCAUGAUGGAUUCAUCUACGAUGUCCAAUCAUCUACCAAAUGAUGACAUUGACGCUGAUUUAACAAAUUUAGAGGAAUCAUUAGACAGUACAGUGUUAUCAUCAGCGGGAGAUAUUACCUCCAUUCCCGAACUCAGUGGAAAUGUCAGAUAUUUUAAACCAAAGAAAUUAACAUUGAAGAGUUAUAAAAAAGCAUUUUGUAGAUGUAAGGAUACUCACAUAGCCUUCUAUAAAACAGAGGAAGAUUCUAACGGCACACCUGCCAUGAAAAUCAAUAUAAAAGGAUGUGAAGCCCAUCCAGAUCUUAACCUGGCAUCUCAGAAGUAUGGAAUUAAAUUAUUUGUUCCUGGUUCUGACGGAAUGUCAGAAAUAUGGCUGAGGUUCGACAGUGAGGAACAAUACUGCAAAUGGAUGGCAGCUUGUAAACUAGCAUCUCAGGGGAAGACAAUGGCCGACAGUUCGUACGUAACAGAAGUAGAAUCUAUAAAGACGUUAUUAAGUCGACAACAGCCGUCACAGUCACCAGCUCCAGUACAAUUACAGUUUGAUGUCAACGUCAAUGCUGAAGACUUUGUCGCACCUCGUUACCAUAAAAGGAUAAAAAAGAAAACUUUAGUACAAAGAAUAAUGGAAGCUCAUUCAAAUGUACAGAAUUUAAAUUUAAUUGAAUCCAAGAUGGCGUACAUAAAAGCAUGGCAAGCUUUACCAGACUUUGGUAUUACUUAUUUUGUUAUUAAACAAAAGAACAGUAAAAAAGAAGAAAUACUUGGUGUAGCAUACAACCGUAUUAUGAGAGUAGACAUGAAUUCUGGUGAUGUAGUAAAAACGUGGAGAUACAAUACUUUAAAAUCAUGGCGGGUUAACUGGGAAAUACGACACGUAGUUCUUGAGUUUGAGGAAGAAACAUUAAACUUUUCAACACAAAGUGCUAGCUGUAAGACAGUUCAUGAAUUUAUUGGUGGUUAUAUAUUCCUUUCUAUGAGAUCCUCAGACAAAAAUCAGACAUUAAACGAAGAAUUAUUCUUAAAAUUAACAGGAGGAUGGAACUGAAAGUAAAAAUUUUAAAUGUUUGACCUUAGUGCCUCAGUUGAAGGUCGUUCAGCCAUAUUGGAAAAAUGCAGGGCAUUCAGGAAAAGGAAAGGACUUGCUAAGUUAGGUCUGGAAGUUUUAAAUUUUGACAAUAAAAUUAUUAAAAUGACUAUAUAAGAUAUAAAUCAUUAUUCACUAUUUAUCAUACAAACAAUCACAUCAAAUGUGUAAAAGAUUUUUGAUAUUGCAUGCAGCUGUAGAAAGGAGUUUAUAGACGGUACCGUUGUGAUGUUUGUUAGCUGAAAUUGGAAUGAAAAUAUUUUACAGAUUGUCAGGAAAUUAUAGAUUUGUGUAUCAUUGUUCUAAUUAUACUUCCUGUGUUUUGGUCUGAUGGUUGAUUUUAGCAGCAAUUUGAAUAUAAUGAGGAUUAGUUUUAAUUUUUGUUUUGUUGUCCAAAAAAGGUCAUAAAAAGCUGCAAUAUAAAGUGAAUUAAAACUGGAAUAUUAAAAAGGAAUGGAAAAAAUAGAAAUCAAGAAUUGCACUCCAAAGAACCAUCUUUUGAGACAUUUGUGUGACAAUUUUUACUUUAUUAAGUUUGCUCCUUGAGGGAAAACUGAAUGUCAAAAUUAUAGAAAAAAAUCUUUUUUUUUGUAAAAUUUUAAGGUUUUUCUUGAUUUAGUAGUCAAAACUCUGCAUUCUCCCCUCACACAAAAGAACAAAAAACAAAACUGAGCCAAUAUCUUGUCUGCAGUGUUUGUACAAACAUAGUCUUGAAGAUAUUCUUUAAAGAGUAAAAAAGUCUGUUUAUUUAUCUGCUGUUGGAGCAUUCACUGAACCAGGAAGUAAUAAACUGAACAUUGAUACACAACCUAUAGAUGACCUUGAUGACUACAGAUUUAAAUGUUGUACUGUGAUAGAAGUUGCAUUGUAAAACAUGUUCCUUAUACUAUACCAUAGAUAAAUACCAUAAAUAUUUUAUAUAAUUUUG